AUGUCUCAGCUGGUGCCAUACCACCUCAACAACAGCGAGCAAGACGAAGGUCUGAUGUUCGCUACCAUGUUUGACUAUCAAACGGAUGAAUACAGAAAGCCUGUGGAUCUGAUAAACGAGACUAUCAGUUGCGCAAGCGCACAACCGGAUUUGCCGGGUGGCGCGGCGGCGUGCGACGGUGAUGGUAACCUUUGCGAGUCGAAAACGUCAAGUCCGCCUGACUUGACCUACAUCGAGCGCUUGUGA